AGCAGCUUACUGCGUCUGCAAAUGUUGCUUAUGCUCGUGCGCUACCAAAAACCAGCUUCAGUUAAGUUUCAAGCAGUUAUAGUCCAUUGUCUUAAGCAAUUACAGUCCCUCACGAGGGAUUAUGGAGGAAUAAUGAAUUCCCUUGGGUUCCAAAUUUGGGACUCGCCAACACCCGAAGAUCUUAUGAUAGCCCUCUGACUAGCUUUGCCAUUGUCAGAGGUGUAAUGAGAAGCGAGCGCACGGUGGUAGCAUAUGAAGCAUUUAAAUGAAAUGCACAAUAAUUGGCAGAUCGAAAUAGUCACGCUCAUUACUGUAUAUAAGUCAAACUGUGCAUUUCUUAGUUCAAACCUGACAGAACAACCACAGAAUGAACGCUCAAGAAAACGCAUCGAAGAAAUGUCGAUGGCUUCGUUUCAAGAUUCCCUGCUGCUGCAACUUUGCACUCAACAUUCGGCUCAACCCAGUUGUAUCUCUUCUUUCCGCCCUCAUCAUCUGGGGGUUUGUCGUGUGGAGUAUCUUGAAAGCUAAAGCGGCAAACGAAGAGAUGGCCAAGUGGAGAGGAUGGAUCACUUUAAAAUUCACUUGGCUAUACAUCGGCACUCAGGACGUGUGGGCCCUGUUCAUUAUUGUGCUGUAUUUGUCCAAGUAUUCCAAGUUGAAGCUGGGCAAACCGCACGAAAAACCCGAAUUUAACGACGCUACAUAUUUCACCAUGCUGUUUGCUGCUGGCAUCGGGAUUGGCCUGUUCUAUUUUGGAGUAGCGGAACCCAUCUGGCAUUACGAACCUGGACAUUAUGGGAAUCGUUACUUUGGAAGGUAUUCCGACAACCAACGAGCCCAAGAUGCCAUGAACAUCACGUUCUUUCACUGGGGAAUUCACGGUUGGAUUGUGUAUGUGGUGGUUGGACUUCUACUUGGCUUCCUCAGUUACAGAAAAGGCCUUCCUAUGACCAUGCGAUCCUGCUUCUAUCCUCUGCUUGGUGACAGGAUCUAUGGAUGGAUGGGCGACUUCAUCGACACCCUCUCGGUUGUGUGCACCAUGUUUGGAGUGUGUACAAGCCUCGGUCUUGGGGCGAUCCAACUCAAUGCUGGUUUUCAGCGACUGAACAGGGACAUCGCGUUCAGCACCACAAACCAGAUUAUCACCAUCUGGGGCGUGACGGCCUGUGCAACCCUCUCAGUAAUCAGUGGCUUGAAACUUGGAAUCAGGCGCCUAAGUGAACUGUGCUUUGGAAUUGGCAUGAUACUGAUGUUGAUUGUCCUGUUCUUUGAUGACACCUGGUAUCUGCUAAAUUUGUACGUUCAAAGUAUCGGCUACUACCUCCAGUAUGUCGUUCAGAUUGGAUUCCACACCGAUGCUUUUGCACAACUCCACAACGCUCCUGAUAAACUGGAGGCUUCCGAGUGGAUGAACGACUGGACCAUCUUCUACUGGGGUUGGUGGAUUGCCUGGUGCCCUUUUGUGGGUAUGUUCAUCGCUAAGAUUUCACGAGGCCGAACGAUCAAAGAAUUCAUCAACGCCACCCUGACGGCACCAAUAUUUUACACCUUUCUUUGGCUUACUAUAUUUGGUGGAUCCGGAUUACGAAUGGAAAGAAGCGCAGCCUUGGCAAACAUAACAUGUUCAUCACCCCUGGGAGGUAAAAAGGCUACACAGAGCUUUCAUGGUUUGUACCGUCUGUCCUGUCGCACGAAGAAUGAUAUGUGGUUCGACGUGAUGGAUCAAUAUGGAGAUCUUGGACAAUUCCUGUCAGUCACGUCCCUGGUCGGCAUAAUUCUUUACUUUGUCACCAGUUCAGACAGUGGCUCAUUGGUCAUCGACUGCCUGUCUGCAAACGGAGAUCCUGACCCUCCGGUACCACAGCGCGUGUUCUGGGCCUUGACGGAAGGUGCCACCGCGACAGCUUUACUUUACGCUGGAGGUACAGAUGCGCUGCAGGCCUUGCAGGCCGUAUCCAUUGCUGCUGGACUUCCGUACACCAUUUUGCUGUGUUUUAUGUGUGUGGCGCUGUGGAGAGCUGUUCAGAUGGAAGCUGGUGAUUUGGAUCCCAAUGGACCGCAGUUUAGCAUCUCCUUGUUUAAUCCAAUCAGUCGACCGUCAUGCAGUGCUGUUUUCAAGCUGUUACUUGCUACAGUUGCUCCUUGGUAUGUGAUUGGUAUUGCCGCAGAACGAAGGAAGCCCAGCUCCCCAAGAGGAAUGGCCUGUUACAUGAUUCUUAUGGGAGUUCCAUUUUAUGCCUGGAUUGCCAUGAUGGUGGCGGAGUUACUGCCGGUGCAUGGAAUCUCGUAUGUCGGAUGGGCCGUCCUAUUCUUGUUUUUCGCUGUUGCAACAGCCAUCCGAACUGGCAUAAGAGAAGAAGAUGGAAUACAUGGAAGCAUGGUGGAGGAUUUCUUUGUGGUCAUGCUCUUGUACCCUUUUGCUGCUUAUCAGAUGGACCAACACGCGCUGAAUCACCGACCGAGGAAGAGUGGCGAUACUGAACUUGGCCACAGCAACGAGAAUCCUGCUCACAAAGAUACCAGUCGUAAUAGAUCAGAAAUGACUAAGUUAUAAGAGGGACAGAUUUUGGCCAAACCCUCUCUCAACAAAUGAUACGUUAAACAUUGUUUAUGAUAUUCUCCAUUGACAUUGUCUUUACAUGUUCGGUGGUGUGUUAGCAAUCAGUCAGUGGCCUUGACAUACUCAAGCCUUCGUUUUCCAAAGCUUGCAGACUAAGAUUACAAAAUGACUAAGAUUGUCGAUUGAACGCUAUUUGCCAGAAACUGAUUUAAAGCGUUGUCAAUUGUUCUGAAAUAAGCUGGAGUAAAAUUUGUUAUCUACCUAAAACCAGUAUCACUUGCCAAAAUAGUAUUUGCCCUUUACCAUUCAAACUGUAGUAAUGCUCAUGAAGCACUUGGAAACUAUGCGUUAAACGUUUAGAAGUAAAGUCCGUUGUUGUGUGAUCUGUUGUUUACGGUUGUCAUUUGGAGAGCACCUGGCGUGUACGAAGAGUGGUCAGUCUGAGAUCACGACAGAGCGGGGGAAUGGUUAGAUGUUUUACACGUUUCAUCAACUGCGUACGGAGGUUCAUUUUGGCAUGCCAUGAAAAUUUCAUAUCUUGAGACAACUUAGAAAGUUCUCAUGGCCAACUCCUUUAACGUAAAUGACUAUGGGAGGAGAAUGUCCUGUUCUCCCUUCUAGGAUCGAUCGGUAUACACAAUACAGCCAUGGUUUUAAAGUUUAUAAGCAACACGUACUGAUUCUUGUAUCAUCUCUAAAGAAAGAAAACAACUCGUAAAAUCCUGUGACGUUCACUUGUUACCUGAUUCCGAAAUGAAACGCCAGUCGAUAAUGCUGUCCUCUUCGAUCCUACCUCUCCACUCUCAUGGGGUUCCAUGUAACUAUAGCAACUGGAAUGACAAUGACUCCCCCUUCCCGGGCACUUAAGUGACAAUGAGUAUCACACAAAUAGUAGGAUCAGAACAGGAUUCAGUCAGAUCUCGAUACUUCUGCGCUUUAUAAACAAAAUAUCAAAUUCUCACAAGCUAGAACACUGAAUGUAAUGUACAAUACGAGCCGGUGCAAACGUUUUGGUUGACAUGAGUGUGUUGGAAUUGUCCAACAGUGAAUGGAAGUGUUCAAUUUUACGAUCACAAGUAUUCUGGGAUAAUUUCUCAGAGGUUUCGAGACAAGUCUUGAAAAAUGUCAAAACUGCAACGACCAUAUCCAGAUUACGCGCGGCUUGCAAGUCGGCGAACGUCUUGUCCUCUUGUCAGAAUUUCAGUGUAUCCUGUUAAGUUGCUGUUUCGUUAUCUACACGCUUCCGUUCACCCCAGGUGGCAUAUAAGUGACGUUUAUACCACUCGAUUUGGGCCACUCCCCUUUUUGCUGCCACUUUUCUUGAAAUAUUUGUUUGACGGAGGCAGAAAUACGGAAGCUUAUAAGUGUCAUUCGACAUGCGAUAUAGAAUAUCUGACAUUCGAGAUGCUACAUUCGACAAGACGCCCUAGAAACAACUGGAUGGGAGCCACUAUCAAAUCAAUAUAAAAAGAAACUACUCACCCUAAUGUACAAAGUAAAUUGUAACAUUACCCCAGAUAAAAUAACAAACCUCCUUAGUAUUGCUAACCCAUACUAUAAUCUUAGAAAUAGUAAUCACUUUGUACUACCUAGAUUCAACUUGGACAUUGGUAGAAAUUCCUUAAGAUAUAGAGGCCCAAUAGCAUGGGAACUAACUCCAACCGCUCUCAAACAGUCCACCUCCUUAAAGAACUUCAAGAACCUUUUAAAACAGCGUCGCCAUAAAUUUUUCAUCAAAAACAUUAGCUUUCUGAAAGAAGCAUGCGUGGUCUCACAUAAGAAUCAAGAUUAUACAUAUUUUUAAUUUAGUAAUUUUCACUACAAUUUUAAAUUGAUAAUUGUAUUUAGAUCGUUAGCGUAAUUUUUAUAUAAUAUUACUUGUAGAUUAAAUAUAGGUCCACAUCAGCCUCUGGUUGCCUUUAAUUUAACCUAUUUCAAAUAAAGUAUGUAAGUAUAUAUGUAUGUAUGACAUCCGAUGACUGACAUUUUGGGACACCACCUCCAAACAUCUAGAAAAUAGACAUCACCACAAAGCGCCCCUUAGGACCAGUUAGGGGAAAUCCAGAUAAAGUCAGCUCUUAUGCAAUAUGAGCUAAUAUGAUAAAGUGGGAAGUACCAGUGGCUUUUAGGCACUGAUGGAUUUGAUGGAUUUUCCAACUCUCACUAACUCACUCACUGCCCAUUGUGCCCACUGGCACGUAGGGCAGCAAUCUUGGUGCCUAGGACUUUCAUAAUCCUGUCAGUGGCUUCCUUGCGGAUUUCACCUCUGCCAUUCAUCCGUGUCAUUUGAGGUGACUCUGAAAGGCCACGACACACAGUUGUGGUUGUAUCCUCUGCUGCUGUUUCCGUAACAUAAUGUUUUUUUACAGGACAGGGUUGCUGGCUCUGUGCUAAACCCCCAACCUGGAGGGCCAGGGGAUCACUUUUUGUCAGGCCCCUACCCUUUGACCAGUCCGGCGUGGGUGACCCUACCAGGAGUUCAAGACUCCAGCCGGCAUAGCUCUCCGGGUUAUUGGGACACCCAAACCACCCUACCACGAUAAGGUAGUGAUCCCAUAAGGGUGGAUUUUUUCCAACAACAUGAUCAAUAAAACUUCUUACUAACUGAGCGUGAGGUCUGUACUGGGAAUUACUGACCCGAGGUCAUGACAGUAUGGGCCAAGUGCAGCACCAGGUCCAUACAAAUGUGACUGAAGGCCAAUAUUUUCCACUACAGCUCAAGCAAACUAGGUUAGUAAGCGCUGCAAGUUUUUUUAAUUGGCCGGCGUUUGGAAGCAAAAAAUACACAGUUUAUGACCGUUUCCAUUCCAGGAGAGGUACUCCCUUACAUGGGCUAUAUAAGUAUGUGCAGUCCUAA